UCGAUCGAUAGGUUAUGUAAUUUAUUUCAUGAAAAUUUCAAUUAUAUCUUGAUAAUGGUUAAUAAUUUGUAAGAGAAAAUUUUCUUAGCCUAACUAAGAUCGUCUGAUUUAACGAGAAUUUGACGAUGCUUUUGUCAUAGUGACAAUAGUAUAUUAUUGGCACGGGCACGGUUUGUCGUCGCGCAUGAAAUCGGUGCAGCCUUAAAACUAAUCUCGCUGCCGUCUUGGAAACUCGGUGUAACGCUUGUACCGAGGAAGCCGCCACCGAACAUCGUGUUAAAAGGCUAAUUAGGAAAAAGUAGGGCCUACGUGUGCGAGUAUAAAAAUGGAAUCGAUGCACAAUGCAUAUCCGAAAAAAGUUCACGAUUCGUACGAGGAUGAAGAGGAGAGGAAACAUUUUCAACGUAUUGUUUCAGCGUUCAGGCACUAUAAAUCUCACUCCCUGCAGAGAGUUAAGAAGACAGAAUCUUAUCUAUUAUCCUUACCGGUGCAUCAUCAGAAACUAUUAUCCAAAUAUAAAGAGCAUCUUCAAGAAGUCAAGAGAUGUAUUGAAUAUAACAACGAUAUAAUAAGACUCAUCAUAAAGGAUGUAGCUCAUAUUUUUGAAAAUGUGAGCCCAGCUAGUGCACAAAAUGACAGUGUAAGAAAACUUUACCUGACACAAAACACCCGACCUGUAUUGGCUGACCAAGAAAAAGUACAAGCUACUAUUAAACAAUUAGUUCGCGACUGGAGCUUGGAAGGAACUGAAGAACGUAAAGCUUGCUAUCAGCCUAUCAUAGAUGAAAUAACAAAUCAAUUUCCAUUAGAUAAAUGUACUCCAUCACAAGUGCAAAUUCUAGUACCUGGUGCAGGAUUGGGUCGUCUUGCGUAUGAAAUUGCAAGGCGUGGUUAUACUUGCCAAGGGAACGAAUUUUCUCUCUUUAUGCUCUUUGCAUCACAUUUCGUAUUAAAUAAAUGCAGAGGUAUAAAUUCAUAUCAAGUACAUCCAUGGGUACAUCAAUAUAUGAACAAUUUAAAACCAGAACAUCAAACACAAGCUGUUUUCUUCCCUGACGUAAAUCCCAGUGAUCUUCCAGAAAAUGCACAAUUUUCUAUGACAGCAGGAGAUUUCUUAGAGGUUUAUACAGAAGAUGACCAUUGGGAUUGUGUUGCUACGUGUUUCUUUAUAGAUUGUGCAAAUAAUGUAGUACAAUUUAUAGAAACCAUCUAUAAAAUUUUAAAACCAGGAGGAGUAUGGAUAAAUCUUGGUCCAUUGCUGUAUCAUUUUAGUGACAUGCCUAUGGAAGAUUCAAUAGAACCAAGUUAUGAUGCAGUUCGUGAUGUUAUACAAGGUUUCGGUUUUCAUCUUGAGAAAGAAGAAACACACAUGAAAACACGCUAUGCGCAAAAUGUGAAUAGUAUGUUACAAUGCGAGUAUAAUAGUGUGUAUUUUGUAUGUCGGAAACCUAAAAGACAUAUUAAUAUAUUGGGUCAUCAAAAUGGUGCUGAAAGCAAUGGCAUACAAGAACAAGAAAAUUAAAUAUUGACAAAUCUAACAUGUUUUACUCAUGAGGAAAAUUGGUGGAAUUGUACAAGGACUAAAGUACUCCAAUUUAUACCGAGCAAAUUCAAAGACAACCAUAACAUAUUUUAUUUCUGGUAUUGUAAAACAAUUUCUGUGAUUCAAAAGCUUAUUUGGAUACAAAUAAGUGUUAUUUCUAUAUUCCCUGAAAACAAAAUUUUUGACAUAUACAAGUUCCUUUCGUAGUACCAAACUAAAUAAUUAAUAACUUCAUAAAUCAGUAACUUUUAGUAACAAUUUGACAAUUUCCCUAAUGAGUCUUACAUUUGUGAUCUAGCAUAAUAAUUAACGUUUAUUUGUUUCCAUCAUGUACCAAUAGCUAUGACAAUGUAAUAUAUGACCAUUUCCUCUUCUGCUCUCUCCUGCUGUUUAGUUGGGAAUAUUUCGAUUACUAACGUUAGUGAUAAUGCUAAUGACAUAUCUUUACAGGUGCUAACGAAGCCUUAUUUAGUUUUUUCUUUAUCCUUGGUCAUUUUUCAAAUAAUGAAGACAAGUUAAAAAUCAAAUUUAUUAAAAGAACAGACAAAGUUUCAUCGGAGAAGAAACUACAGCUUAUGAAUAUGUAUUAUUUUUCCAUAUUAUCAUUAGUUCCUUUCAAAAAUAUUGUAAAAAGCAUGUAUAGAAAAUGAUAUAUAAAUGAUCACUGAAAGUUUUUACUUCGUUAUAUGUGUUAUUCUCUUCAGAUAUAUAAUUUUGUAAUGGCAAAUAUGGAAGUAAAUACUUUUCAAGCGUUUCUUUUUGUAUCUUUCUAUUAUAAGAAUAUUAACCAAAAUUUUCUAACUACCAACACAUUCAACCUUCAUAAAAUAUAAUGCAAUUAUCCGUCGUGUUAUUUUUAAUAAAUUUAAAAAAUACAAUGAGAGAUAACAUAUCUAAUAUAUAUUAUAUUUCAUCAUGAGGAAAAAUGCGAAUUUCAAUAUUAUAAAUCUGACUUUGCUUAAGCUUUACAUCGAUCUUCUGCAGCAGUGCCUUUCGGAUAUUUUUAUUGUAUAAUUAUAAUUCUUUGUUUUAAUAAUACUUAUUUUUUCCUAAAGAUUAAAUAAAGAAAUCUAAAAUAAAUAUAAAUCGUGAAUAUAAGAAAUAAGACUGUUAUAAAGUAUGUAAAAAGAAAUGAAUAUAAUGAACAUGUAUUGCUAAGUUCAAUACAAAAUUACAAAUCUAUAUUUAUUGUUAUUAAAAUAAUUAUAAAAUUUCUUCCAUUAUUCUUCCUUAUUGCAUGCUUAUAGUUUCACAUAUUUUGCACAUAAUUGAAGAAUUACCCGAACAUAACCGUCGAUUUUAAGUCGACUUCAUAUUUGUUUUACUAUUUUUAAGAUCUUAAAAAAUCAGCAAUAAUAAUUUGUUAUAUGGAAUAAAUGUAGAUCAAUUUAGAUGUAAGUUAGUUUAGAUUUAAUAAUGUAAUUAAUAUAAUUUUAUAUUAAAGUCUAUUCUACAUGA